GCUAGUAGUGGAGCGGACAGGUGCGUCCACCAGCGAGCUGGUUGUGUCUUGGCUCCUUCACUGAAGAGAUGCCGCCUACCUGCGACGUGUGUGUGUGUGUGUGGCUGGCUGCCCUGGGCCCACCUUCACACCACCAGCCUCUACAGUGAAUGUUUAAGAUCUGAAACAUAAUGUUUUAAAGUGACUUUGGUACCUUGAUUUUCUGUUUGUUGAUAUUGUGGUAAUGUGCGCGCGCGCAGAUGGUACUGUUGAAAGAUAUACAAAAUAUUAAUUUGGACUAUAAAAAAAAUGCAGAAUAUAAGAUACCAUACGAGGAUGACAUCGUGAAGAGGCUUGUGUUGGGUCAGCACCAUCACCCUCAGGCUUUGCUGGCCACACUGCGAGACGCUCUCUUGACUCCUCGCCUGACUGUGUUGCACUCCUGGCCUCCCCCCACCCAUAAAGUACCCCAGGUUGACCCAGUGAAGGCCCCUUUCCCCAAGCCAUAAGACUGAAAUACUAGCAGGCGUAGGUAGUGUCGGGUGAGGAGCGUUGUUGGGAACGCGUGCUGGACAAUGUCUGACGGAGGACUGAAGGUGGAACAGCCCGUGGAGAGUGUAGAGUCUCUGUCCAGGGAGGCUGAGGGACUCAAGGUCAAGCUCGAGGAGGAGAGACAGAAGCUCAACGAUGUUCCCCUGACGACGGUGGCUGCCCGACUGGAGAGUCUGCCACCUCUCAACAUCAAGCCCAGGAGGGUACUGAAGGGACAUCAAGGCAAGGUGCUCUGCUCUGACUGGUGUAAUGACAAGCGUCAUCUCGUCUCCUCCUCUCAGGACGGGAAAAUGAUAAUCUGGGAUGCGUUCACGACCAACAAAGAGCAUGCGGUCACCAUGCCCACCACCUGGGUCAUGGCCUGCGCAUACUCUCCUACUGGAACCAUGGUUGCUUGCGGAGGCCUGGACAACAAGGUCACGGUCUACCCUCUCAGUUUUGACGAAGAUGUCACUCAAAAGAAGAAGGCUGUCGGCACCCACACGUCUUACAUGUCCUGCUGCACCUUCCCUUAUUCCGACCAGCAGAUCCUGACGGGCUCUGGGGACUCUACGUGUGCUCUGUGGGACGUGGAAUCCGGGAUGAUGUUGCAGAGCUUCCACGGCCACCAGGGGGAUGUAAUGGCCCUAGACUUGGCCCCUUCAGAGACAGGAAACACAUUCGUCUCCGGUGGAUGCGACAAGAUGGCACUCAUCUGGGACAUGAGAACUGGUCAGUGUGUACAGACGUUCGAAGGUCACGAAUCUGACAUCAACACCGUCAAGUUCUACCCGUCGGGAGACGCCAUUGCCACGGGUUCAGAUGACGCCACGUGUCGGUUGUUUGACCUGCGGGCGGACCGAGAGAUCGCCGUCUACACGAAGGAAAGCAUAAUUUUCGGUGUCAAUUCCGUCGACUUCUCCGUCAGUGGACGACUGCUGUUUGCCGGCUACAACGACUACACUGUCAACGUCUGGGACACCCUCAAGUGUCACCGGCUCACUAUCCUCUAUGGCCACGAAAACCGCGUCUCUUGUCUCAAGAUGUCCCCAGACGGCACCUCCAUAUCCACGGGCUCCUGGGAUUUCACAUUAAGGAUAUGGGCGUAAUUGCGCAUUCGACCAACUAAGAGGGCGGCAUCAUGCAGUUGUGAAUUGCCCUGCCAUUCGGCAAGCUGUACUAUCACCCGGGUUCAGCAGGCCUCGCAUGUAUCUCGACUCGCUCCAUGUCCAGACAGCAGAUCUCACUACGAACUGAUUGAGGAAAAUUACAAAAUAGUAACAGGGGGUAGAUAAAGAUUGUGGCUUAUAGAGCCUAUACAACCUUGAUCUAUCUAGUACGAUGAAAGUGUGUGGUAUCUCCACACACCUGGUCCCUCUCCCAUCUUAACAUCCAGCUUGCCUAUCUCCUCCCUGUUUAAACCUUGUUUAAACCUUGUCCCAAAUUCAUGUAAACUGGCACUUCAUUCUCCACAUGACCAUACCAUAUUAAUACUCCAUCCCGCUUGUGUUGGGAUUUACUUAACUCAUGAAUGAGAUACUCAGAAUAGCUUUAAAUAGCGUGUUGUAGUCAGAUUAUGGAGAGUACUCUGAUAUUACCAGAAUUUAAACUACUACAACCUACAAAUGUAUUUAUACAAAUUAUUUUGAAAUGUUUAUAAAAUUCUAUAUUAUACAAUUCUUAGAUAAUUUGAAGUGCAAAUAUAUACACCUUCUUUCCCUCACACACACACACACACACACACACACACACACACACACACACACACAAAGUACAUAUAAAUAAUGCAUACAUUUACAUAAAGGAUUUAUAUGUAGAAAUAUAUUUAAGUUGAUCAA